AUGAGAUCACUUGCGGUUUUUUCGUGGCUUUUCUUGAUGCCCAUUUACUCACUUUUCCUAAUUAGCAUUUGUGUCUUUGGCGUGUCUGGCCAAUGUCUCGGCAAUCAACAGUCGUUGUUGCUGCAAUUGAAGAACAACCUUACAUUCGAUCCUGCUAUGUCCAACAAACUUGUUAAUUGGAAUCAAAGUGUUGAUUGCUGUUCAUGGGAAGGCGUAACCUGCCAUGAGGGAUGUGUUAUUGGUCUCGACCUGACCAAUGAAUUCAUCUCGGGUGGACUAGACGAUUCAAGUAGCCUCUUCAGACUUCAGCAUCUUCAGAACUUGAGUUUGGCUUUUAACAAAUUCAAAUCUACUCAGAUUCCAUCACAGUUUGACAAGCUAACAGAUUUGAGUUAUUUGAAUCUAGCAAAUGCUGGCUUUGCGGGGCAGAUUCCUAUUGCAAUUUCACGUUUGACAAGGUUGGUUACUCUUGAUUUAUCUAUCAGUAUUCCUGACUUCUUCGAAAUUGCUCCUUUCCUGACACUUGAGAAUCCAAAUUUAAAUAUGCUCGUAAAGAACCUUUCGGAGCUUAUCGAACUUAAUCUUGAUGGUGUAGUUAUAUCAGCGCAAGGUAAGGAGUGGUGUCACGCCUUAUCAUCUUCGUUGCCAAAUCUGAGAGUGUUGAGCUUGUCAUACUGCAACCUUUCAGGCCCUAUUGAUUCAUCGUUACGGAACCUUAAGUCCCUCUCAAUUAUUAAUUUGAAUCGUAACAACUUUUCUUCUCCAGUUCCAAAUUUUUUUGCGGAUUUCAAAAAUCUGUCAUCUUUGGAAGUCUUCUCCUCUGGGUUGAAUGGAAAAUUUCCAAAAAAGAUCUUUCAGGUUCCAACGCUACAAAUGCUUCUUUUAUCAAACAAUGAUUUGCGGGGCUCUUUGCCAGAAUUUCCUCCAAAUGGAUCUCUUCGAACCAUGGAGCUUAGCGGAACCAAUUUUUCUGGGACAUUGCCACAUUCUAUUGGCAAUCUUAAAAUGUUGUCAAUAAUAGAUCUUUCAAAUUGCAAUUUCAGUGGAUCAAUUCCAAACUCAUUGGCGAGCCUCACACAAUUGGUCUUUUUGGACAUGUCCUCGAACAUGUUUAAUGGAUCAAUUCCAAUAUUUAGCAUGGCCAAGAAUCUAACUAAACUUUACCUUUCUUCCAAUAAUCUUACUGGUCAUAUUACUUCCACUCAGUGGGAAGAACUUUUGAAAUUGGAAUCUCUUGUCUUGUAUGGAAAUUCACUGAAUGGGAAUAUUCCAGUUUCUUUAUUUUCCCUUCCAUCAUUGCGAGUGUUAAAACUCGAGUCCAACCAAUUUUCUGGUCAACUCAAAGAAUUUUCCAAUGUUUCUUCUUGCAUACUAGAACGUAUUUAUUUGGAUAACAACCAGUUGGAAGGGCCAAUACCCAUGUCUAUCUUUGAACUUCGAGGUCUUCUAGGCCUAUCACUUGGUUCAAACAAAUUUAACAACUCCUUGGACCUUCGUGUGAUUCAGCUAUUAAAAAAUCUUUCAUACCUUGAUCUUUCUCACAUCAACUUGUUGACUGAAUAUAAUGAUUUUAACCUUUCAUUAUCCUCAGUUCAGCUUGAAACAAUAAUUCUCGCUUCUUGCAAGUUGAAAUUUUUUCCAGAUUUCGUGAGAAACCAAGCUAAUUUAUUCAUUCUAGACCUUUCAAACAACCAAAUCUAUGGAGAGCUGCCAACAAGCAUCGGUCAAUCCCUUGCCUUUACGAAACUUUUGUCUCUUUCAAGUAAUAAAUUCUAUGGGACCAUCCCCAAAUCAAUAUGCAAUGCUCCAUAUCUUGAACUUUUAGAUUUGUCAAAUAAUUCCUUCAGUGGCAGAAUUCCCCAAUGCUUGAUUGGGAUGAGUGGUACAAAACUUGAGGUGCUGAAUCUAAGGAAAAACAAACUCAACGACACAAUUCCUGAUGCAUUUCCAGAUAAUUGUGGUUUACAAACUUUAGCUCUCAAUAAAAACCAACUAGAAGGAGGGUUACCAAAAUCUUUGGCCAAUUGCUCUAGGUUGGAGUUCAUGGACAUUGGGAACAACCACAUUGGGGGUACCUUCCCGUUUUACUUGAACAACACAUCAUUGAGGGUCCUUGUUUUGCGAUCUAACAAAUUCUAUGGGCCCAUUUCUCAUCCAAAGCUUAAUGCCCCCUGGCCGAUGCUUCAAAUUGUUGACGUUGCUUCAAAUAAUUUUACUGGUAACCUUCCAAUAAUGCUUCUUUCGCCUUGCCUGCAAGGGUUUACAGAUGGAGCUGGUGAAGAUCCCAACUAUGUUUACGAACCUUGA